AGGCUGCUGGGAAUGGUAGUCCGGUGCGGAGUCAGUACCCCGCCUCUUUCCCACAGCGCGGCCUCGCCCUUUCCGUUUCCGGUGACGUGCACCCGGCGCCGGAAGCUGCGCUGCUGCUGAGUUGGUGUCGCUGCUGCCGGGGGAGCCGGAAUGGCGCCAAAGGGGAAGGUGGGAACCAAAGGCAAAAAGCAGAUUUUUGAAGAGAACAAGGAGACUCUGAAAUUCUACCUGCGGAUCAUCCUUGGUGCUAACGCCAUUUAUGCAGUUGUGAACCUGGUGAUCUUCUACACAACAGCCUCCUUCUGGACCUGGGUUGCCUUUGUGUUUAGCAUGGUGAUCUACAGUGCCAGUUACCGCUCCAUGAGCUCCAUGGCAAAGGCGUCUUUCACGGACGAUGGCAACCUUGCUGACGGGGGAAUUGACCUGAAUAUGGAGCAGGGGAUGGCAGAGCACCUCAAGGAUGUGAUCUUACUGACAGCCAUUGUCCAAGUGCUCAGCUGCUUCUCCCUCUAUGUCUGGUACUUCUGGCUCUUGGUGGUGGACAGGUCUAUUGCCGGCAUUUCCCACAUCCAGAAAAUGGUCUCCGCGAUGGGAGAAAAGAGUUACUGUGACACUGAGACACAUUGGUGCCAGCCAGCAAAGGGGUCACUGUCAGUUAGAAGCAAUGCCUGUCUCUGACCUGACAAACUCACUGUGCCUAAUACACUGCUUUCAAGGUAUUUAUUAAAGAAGGGCAGCUUGUGAGGUCUCUGCUGAAAACUUGUAACUUAUCAAUCCUCAAUCAUUGCAAGAUAUGUGCACUGGUUUUACUUAAGGGAUAAUGUAACUAGAUUGAAAAUUAGGCCCUUAUGGGUCUUGAGGAAAGUGAGUCAACUGGGAAUAAUGUGUCUUGGUGACAGCCCAUUAAAGUGGAAAGGGGUUGCCACCCCCCUUGCUGGCUAGCCAAUUACAUAACGUAUAGUGCUGUCGUCCACCAUUGCAGCAGCCCAAACAAUCAGUGGCAAACCAUCAAAGAUAAACUAUAAGCCCACUGAAGUGAGAUGGGAUGCUAUGGCAGCGAAGAGAUGGCCCUCCGCGUAAAGGCAAAGGACUGAUUCAGUGUCUCACAGGGUGGAGAAAGACACGCUGCAGCAUCCAGCCACUGACAAAGAACCUGGCUGAGUGGGGAUGCUGCAUGGAAGAUGCUGUCCUAGCUCCUGGGGACUAGCAAAUGCUGCAAAAGACUGAACUUUCAGGAGAGAAUCUACUUGAUUGGAUAGAUAAGGUAACUAGUAAUAAAUGUCAGCCCUAGUUUGUGUUUUAUAUGUAGCCAUUUUUUUCCAUCGCUCACACUUGUUUCCAUUCUCUCUCAAAUAAAUUUCUUUUUCAUAGAAAUUCAGGACAGGAAGGGACUUGGAUAGAUCAUCUAGUCCAGUCCCCUGCACUGAGGCAGGACUAAAUAUUAUCUAGGCAUCCCUGGCAGGUGUUUGGCUAACCUGUUCUUAAAAACCUCUGACAACAGAGAUUCC